GGGCCGCACGCCCAGUAACGCUUCCUCCACUCCCAGCUCGGGGUCCGCCAGCCCUCGAGGCUGGGACCUCGUUCCGGGCCUUGCGGAGAUCGGGGCAGGGGUUGGUCCGCCUCAGGGGCUCCCCUGCCAGAUUUCGCGACCCCGUUUCAAUACCGGCCCCGGGAGACCUGCUGGAAUUGCUGCGGUCUCUGAGGAGCCCGUGCGGAAAGUCUUUCUUUAUAAAGUCUUCGCAUUUCGUGCAGUUGUCCACCGCCCCCCUAGAUUCGGCGAGACCAAGCUGCCGCGAGUCCUCCCCCAAGCAGUUUGGAGCAUGUGAACGUACUCUGAGCCUUGAUGAGUUCCAGUAUGUGGUAUAUUAUGCAGAGCAUUCAGAGCAAAUACUCUCUCUCAGAGCGCUUAAUCCGAACAAUCGCUGCCAUUCGUUCCUUCCCACAUGACAAUGUAGAGGACCUCAUCAGAGGGGGAGCAGAUGUGAACUGUACCCAUGGCACGCUGAAGCCCCUGCACUGUGCCUGCAUGGUGUCCGAUGCGGACUGUGUGGAGUUACUGCUGGAGAAGGGAGCUGAGGUGAAUGCCCUGGAUGGUUAUAACCGAACAGCCCUCCACUAUGCAGCCGAGAAAGAUGAGGCUUGUGUGGAGGUCCUGUUGGAAUAUGGUGCAAACCCCAAUGCACUGGACGGCAACCGAGACACCCCACUUCACUGGGCAGCCUUUAAGAACAAUGCCGAGUGUGUGCGGGCCCUCCUAGAGAGCGGGGCCUCUGUCAACGCCCUGGAUUACAACAAUGACACCCCGCUCAGCUGGGCUGCCAUGAAGGGAAAUCUGGAGAGCGUCAGCAUCCUUCUUGAUUAUGGUGCAGAGGUCAGAGUCAUCAACCUAAAAGGCCAGACGCCCAUCUCCCGCCUGGUGGCUCUGCUAGUCAGGGGACUUGGAACAGAGAAAGAGGACUCUUGCUUUGAGCUCCUCCACAGAGCUGUGGGACACUUCGAAUUAAGGAAAAAUGGCACCAUGCCACGAGAAGUGGCCAAAGACCAGCAGCUAUGUGAAAAACUGACUGUUCUGUGCUCAGCCCCAGGGACCCUCAAAACCCUCUCUCGCUAUGCUGUGCGCCGGAGCCUGGGACUCCAGUACCUGCCGGAUGCGGUGAAGGGCCUUCCGCUGCCAGCUUCUCUGAAGGAAUACGUGUUACUCGUAGAAUAGCCCAGAGGAGACGAGUGCGCCGUCAGGCAGGCAGCCCUGGGUGAGGUUUUGCCUCGCAGCACCGUCUCUGUCUUGGAAAACAGGAGAAGCAGUUGCUCCUGCUCUGUGGUUUCUGUUUCGAGGCAACAUGUCACAGCAGUAACGUCCACAUCACCUCCCCUCCCCGAACCAAGCAACCAAAACGUCCCUCACUUUUGUUUGUUUCUUGCUUACCUGGCCUUUCACAUUGCACCCUGAAAAGGAAGAGGUCUCCCCGACCCUCCCUUUAGGGAAAAAGUCAACAGUGAGACUAAAUUUCUCUUGGAAGAUGAAGCGUAUUUAUAGAACAUAUGUUUGGUUUUCCUUUGGGGACCUGAUUAACGUUUUCAGAAGAAUCCCUCUUAGCAACAUUUUAAUUGAUCUGUGAAGAAGUUUAAGAAAAUUCCAGCUAACAAUUGCAGCCCCAAAAUGAAGAUACUACAGCCUCAAAUGGUGUGCAGGUUCAGAAUUGGGCUGGGUGAUAUCCCUAGAAUCAUCCUGGGGCAUUCAGAAGGGACUGGCCCCCUUUCUCACCAUCGAAGGGAAGGGCAGCCUUUGCUCCUUUUCCAUGGGUGUGCCCAAGGGUUACAGUGGUUCAGCAAUAUUAUUUUAGAAAGACUGUCAUGCUGCUUUCCAUACAGUAGAAGGGAUAGGAGGUUCUAAGCAGUCCUAAGAACUAACAGUCCUCAGAACUUUUCUUCUAAUGCAGUUCUUUCUCCUCCUGACAGCCAGUUUGCUCUAGUGGGCUUGACAGGCACUUGCCGCACCAUAGGCAAAGGUGUUUGCUCGAGCACAGGAGGACAUGGGCUGGGCUGCCUUUUCUCUCUGGUCUUCUUCAUUCACUCUGCUAUGAGUUUGGAAUUUGUUUUGUUUUGUUUUGUUUUCAGGUGUUUUGGAAACUUUACUUUUUACUGAUCUAUACUAGACAUUGGUGGAGGGGGUGGAGAGUUGAGGAGUGGGGGAGGAGCAUUAUAAGAGCUUCCUCUGAGAUGACCCACCUACCCAAAAAAGAUCUGUUUUAGUGAACAAUACUUAGUUUACAGUACUCUCCCUUUUCAUGUUCCUAAACUAGAUCAAGUUGUUAUUGAUCCUAGAUGACCUUAUGCAAAUGUGAAAAACUUUUUUUUUUUAACUGAUUGGGAACUAUAAAUAAAAUUGAACAGAAUCUGCUGACACAGCUAAUUUGAAAAAGUUUGUCUGCUUUUGUCCUUUUGCUGUUGGUGUUUUUUGCUCACUUUAAAAAAAAAAAGAAAUAAACAGUUCUAAAAGCAA